GAGAAGUUAACAAGUUCUGAGUAAGACGGAGAUAAACACAGAUGGCAAACCGCUAUCUUGAGCUGCUUGUCCUUUAAGUAUGUUGAGAUCCAGACUUUUAAGUGACACUUCAGUGAUCUCAAAAGCAGGAAUCUUGUGUCUGCCACUAUUCCAGUUGGUGCUAUCGGACACACCAUGUGAAGAAAAUGAAAUGUGCAUAAACUAUAAAGAUCAUUACACAAAUGGCUGGUAUAUCUGGUUCUUGCUGCUGAUUUUCCUGGUGGCUCUUCUCUGUGGAACAGUGAUCUUCUGCCUCCAGUGCUGCCUGAGGAGACUCCAAAAUGGUCCCCGAAGACGCACCAUGGCUGUUUUUGCUGUUGGAGACUUGGAUUCCGUUUAUGGGACAGAAGCAGCUGUGACUCCAACUGUUGGAAUGCACCUACACACUCAAACCCCUGAACCGUUUUGUGUUCCCUGUUUUGGAGUUUUAGGCCCCCCGCCUCCAUAUGAAGAAACUAAAAUCAAGCCGAUUUUAGAUCUAGAUCGCUAAUUGAAAUGAUUAGAAAUAUUUUAAAUUUCAAAAUAUGCAAUUUAGGAACAAUUCUCUCAUUGAGAAUUCCUGGAAAUCAGUUAAUGUAGUCUUAAAAAGGACAAAUAAAUGAAUAUAAGAAAAGAA